CCCGCCGGUCAGCCCCUCUUCCCGCCUCUACGCUGGUGGCGUCAUCUCCGGGCGACGGCGGCGGCCGGGUGGGCGAGUGGCAGCCAGUCUCCAAAAUCCAUCAUGGAUUAUCUCUCUAAACCUGGGGUCCUCAGUGUCAUCGCCGGAGUUGCGUGCGGAGUGUGCCUGGGAUGGGGCAUUCGCGGGAGACUUUUAAGACGGUCCAAAGCUGGAAUGACUGCGCCUGCCGACAACCUGGGGAGCGAAGCUAACAUCAUGGGAGAGUCCGGGGAGUUCAAGAUGGUGCUCAUCGUCCGCAACGAUUUGAAGAUGGGAAAGGGUAAAGUAGCAGCACAGUGUUCCCAUGCUGCUGUUUCCGCCUACAAGCAAGUUCAGAGAAGAAAUCCUGAACUCCUGAAACAGUGGGAGUACUGCGGACAACCUAAAGUGGUCCUCAAAGCUCCUGAUGAAGAGACUCUGAUCCAACUCCUGGCUGAUGCUAAACACCUCGGACUGACUGUGAGCUUAAUACAAGACGCGGGUCGUACUCAGAUAGCUCCAGGCUCCCAGACCGUCCUUGGUAUUGGACCGGGACCAGCUGAUGUAGUAGAUAAAGUUUCUGGUCACCUAAAACUCUUCUAAACCGAGGACCAAAGAAAUCUGAAUGCAUUGGUGUAUGUCAGUAAUGAAGGCAUAAAACCCAAGUUUGGGGAUUUCUCCGUAUGUUCCCUCAGUAUAAAUAAAAUAACCAGGUUUUGUAAGAGA